AUGGGUGGUUUCAAGGCUGUCGAGGAUCGGCCGACGCCGAAGGAGGUCUACAACUGGCGUCUCUACAUUGAGGCUUCCAUCAUCGCAACCGGAUCUUUGCUAUUCGGCUACGACUCCGCUUUCAUCGGAACCACGAUCGCACGAACUGGUUUCAAGAGAGACUUUGGAAUCACCUCGGAGAACUCCAACAACAUCUCGAGUAACAUCACCUCGGCGUUCCAGGCUGGUGCUCUCGGCGGCGCGUUGCUUUGCUUCUUCAUCACUGAGCGUCUGGGCAGAAAAUGGACCCUGCAGGCCAAUGUUGUCAUCUUCCUCGUCGGCGCCAUUCUCAUGGUUGCCGCGACAAAUCAGCUGUCUUACAUCUAUGCGGGUCGCGCGCUGACGGGAAUCGGAUGCGGUGGCAUCACGGCCACCGUCCCCUCCUACAUCGGUGAACUCUCGAUCCCCUCGAUCCGCGGCAUCCUCACCGGUCUCUUCGAAGUUGCCUACCAGGUCGGUUCCGUCAUCGGCUUCUGGAUCAACUACGGCAUCACUCAGAACAUCAACCCCAACUCAGCGACCAGUUGGAGAAUCCCGAUGGCUUUCCAGCUUGUACCUUCCGGUAUCCUCUUCAUCGGCUGCUUCUUCAUCCACGAGAGUCCCCUCUGGUUGAUGCGCAAGGGCAAGACUGAGCAGGCGCACAAGGUUCUCGAGUCGAUCAGACAUCUUCCCAUCGAUCACAAGUACAUGCAAGAAGAGGUCGACAUGCUCCAAAAGAAGAUGGAUGAAGAAGCCGCCGUCGCCAGCGCCUACGGCACCGGCCAGUGGGCCUACUUCCGCGGCGUCGCCAGCACGCUCUGCCGCAAGGGCAUGUGGAACCGCCUCGUCCUCGUCUUCUGCGCCUUCGCCCUCAACAACCUCUCCGGUGCCGCCGCCAUCAAUUACUACUCCCCAACCCUCUUCGCAUCUAUCGGCAUCACCGACGUUGCGCUCUACACCGGCAUCUACGGCCUCAUCAAGGCCAUCGCCUCCAUCAUCUACUUCAUCUUCCUCAUCGACCUGCUCGGCCGCCGCUGGCCCGCCAUCAUCUCGUCCUUCGUCUGCUCCCUAUGCCUCUGGGUCGUCGGCGCCUACGUCAAGAUCGGCCACCCGGCCGACAUCAUCGCCGCCGGCAAGGAGCUCUCCGCGUCGACUGCGGCGGGCGGCAGGGCCGCCACAGGCAUGAUCAUGAUCUACUCCAUUUGCUGGUCGUUCGGGCUCAACGGUAUUCCAUGGAUCGUCUCAGCUGAGAUCUUCCCCGGUGCGCUGCGCAACUUCACCGGAACGUAUGCCGCCCUCGUCGUCUGGGCUACGCAGUUUGCUAUCACGAAGGCGCUUCCGUACAUCUUCAGCUCGUUCGGCUACGCGACGUGGUUCUUCUUCGCCGCGUGGAUGAUUGUGGCGACCUUGUGGGCCUUCUUCUUCCUGCCUGAGACCAAGGGUCUCACCAUGGACCAGAUGGAUGUCAUCUUUGGCUACGCACACGACACCCGUCCGGAACCAUCGACCAAAGUCGUCGACACUGCUUUCGACGAUAUCGACAAGGCGAAGCGAAGUGAGCACACCGAAGAUGUGUAG